UCUCCCACGGUAGCAGCCGUCGGCCCAGACCAGCGCUCAGCUAUGACUGCAAAUCAAUGAACCCGCCUGAGACAAACAGGACGCGGACCGGUCGACCGAAGUUUGGAUCAUUUUCAGAGGGGUUUUAAUAACAACCGGACAGUUGAACCCGGGACAUGGAUACGGCAAAUAUGGACAAAAAGCUAUUUCCGUCUUCUUUCUCGGACUAAAGAGGUCGCCCUUUUUUCUCAACUAAUAUUCAACCCACAAGCGAAAUUUGAUGAUUUUUUUUUUUGCUGACUUAAAGUUAAAGUAACAUUUUGUUCACAUUGAGAAUGAUUUUUGCAAAUACAGGAAACCCAUUAAGGACUCCGUAUCGCAAGCAGCCUCCUGUUGCCCAGUUAUCCCACCCGAUGGCUCCACCCAGCCCAAGCACCAACAACAGCGGCAGCAGCUCAGGAGGCUGGGAACCUCUGAGUAAAACGAACCUCUACAUCCGAGGUCUGUCCCCUUCAACCACCGACCAUGACCUGGUCAAGCUCUGUCAGCCGUAUGGAAAAAUAGUAUCAACAAAAGCCAUCCUGGACAAAACUACAAACAAAUGCAAAGGAUACGGUUUUGUGGACUUUGAUAGUCCUGCUGCAGCCCAGAAAGCCGUGGGAGCCCUAAAGACGUCUGGUGUCCAGGCCCAGAUGGCCAAGCAACAGGAACAGGAUCCAACGAACCUUUACAUCUCCAACUUGCCUUUAUCUAUGGAUGAGCAGGAGCUGGAGAAUAUGUUGAAGCACUUUGGCCAAGUCAUAUCCACUCGCAUUUUAAGGGACCCCAAUGGAGUCAGCAGAGGAGUGGGCUUUGCAAGGUUGGAGUCAACUGAAAAAUGUGAAGCAGUAAUUUCUCACUUUAAUGGAAAGUUUAUCAAAACACCUGCAGGUGUUCCAGGACCAUCUGAGCCACUGUUGUGCAAGUUUGCUGAUGGAGGACAGAAAAAGAGACAAAGUCAUCAUAAAUUUGGCCAGAAUGGUCGAGCCUGGGGAAGAGACUUGGAUUCCAGAUUGGCUGGAAUGACGCUGACAUACGACCCCAACACAGCUGCUAUGCAAAAUGGCUUUUUUCCAGCUCCAUACAGUAUUUCUAGCCGAAUGAUCGCUCAAACGUCCAUGUCUCCAUACAUGUCUCCAGUUUCAACAUAUCAGGUGCAGAACCCUUCCUGGAUGUCCCAUCAACCCUACAUCAUGCAGCAUCCUGGUGCGGUGAUAUCGCCAUCUAUAGACCCGUCUGUGUCACUGCAGCCUACUUCAAUGAUGAGCCCUCUUACUCAGCAGAUGGGUCACCUGUCUCUAGGCGGUUCAGGAGCGUUCAUGGCUGCCAACACAGCUAUGCAAGGAACUUAUAUCCAACAGUACACACACAUGCAGCCAGCAGCUGUCCCUGCUGAGGAAAAUGGUGUCCAGACUCAAGUGGACUCAUCCGACAGUCACUCCCCGUAUUCCUACCAGCAGACCAAGUAGUGCUUUGGUAACAUUUUGACGUGAGCAGAAGCAAUCAUAUCUCUAAACCCAGUGGACGCUAAAGAAGUUUAAAAGAUUUUUUUUUUUCCUGUUUCUUUUUUUUUUUUCUUCCUAUACCUUCAGAGUUUAUCUGAAAUUAUCAAAAGAUUCAUAUCUUAUUGAGAGUUUUAUUUUCAUAUAAGAUUGUGUUGUUUUUUUUUAUGUUUUUACUGGGGUUUCUCACAGGAUGCAAAAGACUCUCAUUUCCAUUCAUGUAAAUUCCAAGAUUGUAAAUACUUUUUAUUUUAACUUUUUUUUCCUGGGUUUCUCUAAAAGACAUUUUGAAAAUGCGUUGUGCAUGCUGUGUGCGUGUUGCUAAACUGAAUUGUUCAGUGUUGUUUUCUCUUUAAAGAAACUUCUCUUUGAAUUUUCCUCCAUUGCUUUGACAUGGCUGCCCAGAGUCAGAAGUAGUAGUAAAUUGGAGACAAAAGGAAAAUACAGAGACUGGCUCUCCCCUCCUAGGCCCAAUGUAAAGGUAUAAAAAUAUCCGAACAAAUGGCUUGAAUCAACUGACUACAUGUAAUUAUUGUUUUGAAAGUAAUAUUUAUUUUAUAGCUUAAGGCCUUAAAUUGCAUGGAUGUUAAAACUCUCUUGUGACAUUUUCUAGCUUUUUAUCAUGGUAUAUUUUUGGUAGUUUAAAUUAAACUUGGCAGGGUAAAGAAUUUGGACCGAAUAAAUGUAUUUUUUUAGGUGAUAGUUGUCAUUCUUAACGGCAAAAGUAUAAUUUCCGUUCUUUUUUUAAUGAAAAGAAAACAGACAUUAUAGUGAAAGAACAAUCAAAGCCUUACAAAAAACCACUAAAAUGAGUUGGCUGGAUAUUUUGAUUUAUAUAUUCCUUGCUCUUUGUUAGGAAACAAACUAAAUCAUUUUAUGUUUUGUUUCUUCAAUCAAUGACUGUAAGAUUUGUCUUUUUAACCAGGGUUUGAGGGAUUCAAACUAGACUACAGUUUGGACACUGUGCCUUUCAUAAAGAUUAGAAUUGAGGA